UAGCAGGUAGUGAAAAUUGUUCAGGAUUAAUUUCCUAUGAAUUACAGCAAAAUUAUCCUGAAGGAGAUACGGAAAUUAAGAAUUCAGAGGCUUGUUUGCAUGAACAGGAUCCAUUGUGUAAUUUAUCCAGGAAAGUAGAUAGCUCGCCCAAAGAAUCCUCCCUUGAGUCACCUGCAGGAAGUGAACACAGAACAACAGAGUGAACCAUAUAGAGAUUUACCUGCAAAAGAUCUUAGGCCUCUUUCUAGUACACCCAGUUUGAAAGCAGUUGAGAAGAAAAAGACUCCGGGAAAUAACCUUAAGUGGUCACUCUAAAGUCUCUUAUGGAUACCUUGAAGAAUAUCCCUCCUAAUUGGGGGGGUUCGGAUCCUUGUGAUGCUUGGGAUGGAAUUAAGUGUGAGAAUUCACGUGUUACAUCCAUAACAUUGUCAAGCAUGGGUUUGGAAGGUGAACUUUCUGGAGAUAUCGGAUCACUAACCGAAUUGGAGACUUUGGAUCUUUCUUACAACAAGGACUUGACUGGGCCACUUCCAAGAGCCAUUGGAGAGUUGAGGAAACUGUCAACCUUAAUUCUUGUUGGCUGUAGUUUCAAUGGUCCUAUUCCGGAUGAAAUCGGAUUUCUGCAGGAGCUUCGCUUUAUAUCCUUAAAUUCCAAUAGCUUCACUGGGAGAAUUUCACAUUCUAUUGGUAAUCUAUUGAACCUAUAUUGGUUAGAUUUAGCUGACAAUGAGCUUCAAGGACCUAUACCAAUUUCUAGUGGCAGUGUACCUGGUCUUGAUAAGUUGCACCAUGCCAAACAUUUUCAUCUUGGGAAGAAUAAUCUCUCAGGCAAUAUUCCUCCUCAACUUUUUAGCUCGGAAAUGGCUCUGAUUCAUCUGUAUCAUGAUUGGUAAGAUAUAUACCACUAUUUCAGCACAUGGAUGAUCUGGUCUUAGAGAACAUUUGUGACCGUGUGAGAAAAGCUGGGAUGAUGAAGAAGAAGCAGCAGCAGCAGAAAAUUGUUCAAAUGAGUUAGGAAAUUGAAUAAGAGUUGCUUGCAACAUAGUUCUUUUAAUUUACUAGUAUGAGAAAAAUUAUUUAGAGCCCUUUGGAUACCCAUUAACAACUUUUAAUUUACUCAAUACACUUUGUUGAUGUAUGUUUGUUACUUAUUAUUAUAGUUGAUGUAUCAAUACACUUUCUUUAUAUUUUGAAUUAUAUUGACUUGCUUGUUUAUAGUA